AUGGGCGUGGCUAACAAGGCCUGGAGGUGCAAUGGCGGAGGAGCGCCGGUGAAUAAUCCGGCGGCCGAAAUCCUGAAGCAGCAGCUGUCCCCGAAGCAGCAUCAUUGUUACAAUUACUUGUCCUUUCGGCGGCGGUCGGCGGUGCCCUGGACGGCGGUUUGCGGGCUGCUGCUCUUUGCGGUUGGGCUUAUUUCUCUUUUCACGGGACACGUGGCGUCUGAUCUCGAGUGGUACUCCCAGCGCCUCGUGAAGCGGACUUGGUACUAUAAGACGGAUAGACGUGAUCGUGCUCCAAUUGAUAUAUGGAAAUCAAAGUAUUCAAACUUUUAUUAUGGCUGCAGUAAUAGAGGCCCUCAUUUUGCGCCUCCUGUACGCGAACGCUUUUCAAAUGGCUACUUACUAAUUGCUACUAGUGGGGGGCUCAACCAACAAAGAACUGGAAUAACUGAUGCUGUAGUUGUCGCAAGAAUUCUAAAUGCUACUCUGGUUGUGCCAGAAUUGGAUCAUCACUCGUACUGGAAGGAUGACAGUGAUUUUGUCAACAUCUUUGAUGUUGACUGGUUCAUUUCUUACCUUUCCAAGGACGUCCCAAUUGUUAAAAGGGUGCCAGAAAAGGUGAUGAGGUCAAUGGAUAAGCCACCAUAUACCAUGCGUGUUCCCCGAAAAUCGGAACCUGACUAUUACCUGGAGCAAGUGCUGCCAAUUCUAUUAAGAAGACGUAAGCUUGUCACGCGCAUGCGGAAAAUGGCAAAACGUUUUGUUGCUGUUCACUUGAGGUUUGAGCCUGAUAUGCUUGCGUUUUCUGGAUGUUACUUUGGUGGGGGUGAUAAAGAAAGAAACGAGCUGGCUGAAAUAAGAAAGCGGUGGGAAACAUUACCUGAAUUAAGUCCAGACGAAGAGCGAACAAGAGGGAAGUGUCCUUUGACACCUCAUGAGAUUGGUUUGUUGCUGCGCGCCCUCGAAUUUGAUAAUAACACGUAUCUUUACGUUGCAUCUGGUGAAAUAUACGGUGGAGAAGAAACUUUGCGUCCCCUCAAAGAACUCUUUCCGAAUUUCUAUACGAAAGAGACACUGGCCAGUGAGGAGUUGAAAUCUCUUCUUCCCUACUCAUCUCGCUUGGCUGCUGUCGACUAUAUUGUCUGUGACGAAAGCGAUGUCUUCGUCACCAAUAACAAUGGGAAUAUGGCAAAAAUCCUGUCUGGUAGACGGAGGUACAUGGGUCAUAAGAGAACAAUCAGACCAAACGCCAAAAGGCUGAGUGCAUUGUUUGCAGCACGGCACAAAAUGGAAUGGAGCACCUUCUCGAGGAAGGUCAAAUCGUGUCAGAGAGGUUUCAUGGGAGAACCUGAAGAGAUGAGACCCGGAAGAGGAGAUUUUCAAGAGUACCCAUCAGCGUGCAUUUGCCAAAAGCCAUCAAAAUAUUCGCAAUCAAACAGUAAAACCACAAACUUGCCAAGGCUUCUAAACGUUUCGGAGGAAAUAAGACGGGAAAAGCAGAACACCGAAAACAAGAAUGUUACUGCUAUUGAGAUGUAUGGUGAUGAUUUUUUGGCAUCUGAAUAG